AUGAACCGUCGCGCAGGCGCUACCGACCGACACGCUCUUCUAGCAGGAGGAGCUUACCCCACCUCAUCUUCUCUGUCCGCCUACCGCUCCUCUUCGCCAUACGACUCGAAUCCUUACGCCUCCACUUCGACUUUGAACGCUUCCUCCUCCUACCGUAGCUCCGACUUUGUCGGUGCACCCAAAAAGGAGCCAGCACCACCUGCUAGCUCGUCUUCCUAUGGCGAUGGUAUCUUUGGUCGUGCUGCUUCAGCAUAUUCAGCAACACGCACGGCCGAAGACUUGGAAGAACAAAAUGAUCAGCGGCUAGACGGCCUUACCGCCCGAGUAUCUAUGUUGAAGGAGAUCACUUUGAACAUCGGCACCGAGGUACGAGAAUCCACCAAAGACCUAGGCGUCUUGGGAGAGGCAUUCGAAACCACUUCUGCGUUCUUGGGUGGUACCUUUAAUAGGAUGAAUAAGAUGGCCAAAAGACAGGGUACUUGGUUCUGCAAUAUGAUGCUCUUUCUCUUAUUCGUCACUUGGCUGUUUGUCUUUCUAUGGUGGUGGAGACGUUGA